GUUUAACACAACAGUCAUACCGUUUGCCUAGACAAAAAAAUUCAAAAUGCGCAUCAUAUAUCUCCUAAUAAUCAUAGUAAUGUCUGUAUUUGGCUCCCAACAUGGACAUUCAGGAGAUGGGAAGCGUUGUCAUGAUGAAUAUGUAGUAGUAGUGGCGGAAAGACCCACAAGAAAAUCGCAACCGAGACCUAUCGCAACUGCUACAUUAGUUUCAAGUCGUAUUGGUAUUGGAGAUGUCACAGCUGGUGCCAAUGCUGUAAAAAGUAUACUUGAUGUGUUCAAUACUAUAGUUGGUAUGGAGAAACCGAAAGAGAAACCGCAGAAACCGAUAAUUGUGUAUCCGUCGCAUCCUCCUCCUGCAGCACCAAUUCAUUCUUUUAGGAAUGAGACUAAAAUUAACAAAUCUGAGCACAUUGUUGACAAUACUAACAUCGAUCUCACCUUUGAAAAUACCAUUAUUACCAAUUAUUUUAUUAAUGAAACCUACAACAAUAUUACCAAUGUUCGAAUUGAUACCAAUGAAACUAUAAAAAACAUCACAAUUGGUAAUAUUAACUUCAUCGAUUACGACGUUAAUGAAAUUGCCAGUUUGGCUCAUGAAAUGUCUGUUAUGCAAUCAAAAAGUCGAACAGCCAAUCGAAAACGAAGAAAUAUCUUUGUGUUUAGGCUAGAAAAAAGCAUUUUUUCUAUCAUGCCAAACAUAAAAUUAGUAAAAUUGCCUGUGCCCCGCCACCGAAUACUCCACCAUGCAGUCGGUGGCUGGUUGCGAUUAGGUUGGUCUCGGUCACAGAACAAGCAAGGAAGAACUCCGGAUUGCGGAAGUUUCACUAUUUAUGGUUUUGGAAAAUCAUCACAGGAAAAUGCUAUGUUUGCAGAUCGCGAAGGAGCACCAUUGGAAUUGAAAUGUUUCGUCGAUCAUAAAGGAGAUGGAAGUGAGUUUUCCGAUUGCGUCGCGCCACAGAAUGGGCCGAUCAUGUGCGGGGAUGUUCAAGUUGGUUUACUGAUUGACGGGCAUGAUUGUCAGCAGAGGUAUGGAAGAUACGCAAAAUCAGUUGAAUAUGUUCCAAUAGAAUCCAUUUUCGACUUUAUCGUAGAUUUCAUGGAAGCCGAAGAAGGAGUUAAUAAAACCGCCGCUACCGAGCCUUCGGCAAUCUCCGGAGUCGGUAUACAACUAUAUGCCAAUGUUGUUUUGAUUUUGGCUAUUAUUGUAUUGUGAACUAUUGAAAAA